AUGACUUUCUUUGUUAGCAGCGGUAGAGCAAGUAUCAACGGAGACAAAGCAAUCUCCAAUGGUUAUGAUCAGCAUCAAUGCGAGCAAGGAGAACUCAAGUUGGAUAAGAUGUCACCUGGAGAUAUUUCCCCUGCUAAGCCAAGAGGAAUUAAUGUUUCCAAAGACAUGCCAAAUAUGUAUGAUGACUUCUUAAAAGUGUCAUAUACGACUGUUAGGACUCAUCUUAAUCACGUGACGAUUCUUCUUCCUGGACCAGAGAGUGUAAAAACUGUACCAUCAAUAUUCUCCGGAAUGUGUAAUAAGUGCUUUGAGAAGAUGAACGCCUUUGUUGGACUCGCACUAGCUGCAGGUAGCCAGGAUGACGAUGUGUUCAAGACACCUCCAGAAGAAAAUGAGAACUCUGGGGAUACCGGUCCCGGGGAGAAUUCACUAAAAAACCGUUUCCAUGGAGAAUUGAAUGGAGUUAAUUACGGUAAAAUUGCAGCGCCUCUUACAAAGAUGCUUAAGAAAGAUUCAUUCCGAUGGAGUUUACUAGCGGAAGAGGCAUUCAAGAAACUUAAGGAGGCUAUGACAUGUGCACCAGUUGCGCUUCCAUACUUCUCAAAAAUGUUCAUUGUGGAAUGUGAUGCUUCGGGUUCGGGAGUUGGAGAUGUUUUGAAGCAGGACAGACCCAUAGCUUUUUACAUCCACGCCUUACAAGGAUAA